AGGUGCGCUGGCGACUCCCCGGGGGACGCGGCCGUGCGCGGCGCGGUGGUGUGCUCGGUCUACGACCUCGUGCAGGGCGACGUCACCGAGGGGACGGGCUGCGAGUCGCGCCCGCGAGCGGCGAUGAUGCUGGCGCUGCUGGUGGAGGCCCUGAGCCCUGAGGGCGGCCUGGAGCCCGACGCCUGCGGGGCCUGCUGCUCCGGCCUGGAGGCGCUGGUCAGGCAGGACUCCCGCCUCUGCUCGCUGCUGCUGGACCGGCAGGGUGCCAGGCUGGUGGUGGGGGCGAUGAGCUUCGCGGGGCGCCUGGGCGCGGAGGGCGAGAAGUGUCGCGAGGCCGUCGCCGGACUCCUCGCGCAGCUGGCCGAGGCCAGCCCGCGCGCGGUGGCCGAGCUGCGGGCCGCAGGCGCCGUGGGCGUGCUGGUCCAGGACGGCCUGGUCGGCAACGGCCGCGACAGUGAGGCGGCCAUGUGGGCGCUGGGUCACCUGGGCGGCAUGAGCGCCGUUCUCGAGGUCAUGGCGCGGGAGCCCGCGAAGCCGGCCGUGCUCCGCGGCGGGGUGCUGGCGAUCUGCGACUGCGCCUG